AGCAUGUCGACGCCGAGAGCGGCGAGCCUGGCCAAGAAGGCGGCGCUGGCGCUGGCCGUCCUGGCCGCGGCGCUCGCGACGGCGGCGCGCGCCGAGCAGUGCGGCGUGCAGGCCGGCGGCGCUUUGUGCCCGAACUGCCUGUGCUGCAGCCGGUGGGGGUGGUGUGGCAAGACCUCCGAAUACUGCGGCGACGGCUGCCAGAGCCAGUGCAGCGGCUGCGGCCCGACGCCGCCGACGCCCGACGGCGUGGGCUCCAUCGUGCCCAGGGACCUGUUCCAGCGGCUCCUGCUCCACCGCAACGACGCGGCGUGCCCCGCCCGCUGGUUCUACACCUACGACGCGUUCAUCGCCGCCGCCGCCGCGUUCCCGGCGUUCGGCGGCACCGGCAGCACCGAGACGCGGAAGCGUGAGGUCGCCGCGUUCCUGGGCCAGACCUCCCACGAGACCACCGGCGGGUGGCCGACCGCGCCCGACGGCCCCUUCUCCUGGGGCUACUGCUUCAAGCAGGAGCAGAACCCGCCGUCCGACUACUGCCAGCCAUCGGCGGAGUGGCCGUGCGCCCCCGGCCGGCAGUACUACGGCCGCGGCCCGAUCCAACUCUCCUUCAACUUCAACUACGGUCCAGCGGGGCGGGCGAUCGGCGUGGACCUCCUGAACAACCCGGACCUGGUGGCGACGGACCCGGUGGUGUCGUUCAAGACGGCGCUGUGGUUCUGGAUGACGCCGCAGGCGCCCAAGCCGUCGAGCCACGACGUGAUCACGGGGCAGUGGGCGCCGUCGCCGGCCGACAUCUCGGGCGGCCGGCUGCCCGGCUACGGCGUGAUCACCAACAUCGUCAACGGCGGGCUGGAGUGCGGGCACGGCGCCGACGACCGGGUGGCCGACCGGAUCGGGUUCUACCAGCGGUACUGCGACGUGUUCGGCGUCAGCUACGGCAGCAACCUCGACUGCUACAGCCAGAGGCCGUUCAACAGCGGCUCGUCGGUCGGGUUGGGGGCGGAGCAGUGACGAGAGAAAAAAAAAUUGGAACAUUACUGCCGGUGAACGAGCUCCAUAGCUCAGUUCACGAUGUUAAUAAAGCCCGGGUGUG